AUGGAGAGACACCAUGGAGACCAGAUAGAAGAUGGACUGGUCCGUCCUCCCAUCUCGCGCUCCCCGAUGCGCGGAAAUAAUCUAAACGUACAGGAUAUAAUCACAUUUUGGCAGCCCACCCAUUCAAUCCAGUAUGUAGUCCAGACCAAUCUUGCUCUCAAGUGCGCCGAGUGUAGAAAGACCAAGGACAUAAUCUCCUUUUCCCGGAUCACAGUCGACGACGCAUGCUUUUACAUCGCUCUACGAUCCAGUACUCUGUGA